AUGGGUGAGGCCGCCGCCGGGGUGGAAGAGGACGCUGGCUACUGGGGUGAGGCCGCCGAUGGGGUGGAGGAGGGCGGCGAUCGAUGGGGAAUGGGGGGCAUCGAUGGGGGAGGGUGCCGGUCGAUGGAGGAGUCCGAGGUGUACCGGAACAAGUGUGCGGCGUGCUACCGUCAGUUCAACAGGAUGGAGCACCUGGUGGAGCACAUGCGCGCGUCGCACCACUCGCCACACGAGCCGCGCUGCGGCGUCUGCGGGAAGCACUGCCGCUCCCUCGACGCCCUCCGUGACCACCUCGGCUUCGGCGCCUCCCUCCCCCCAAAGCCCGCCUGCGCCAGGGCCUUCGCCGCCCAGGGCUGCCCGCUCUGCCUCGCCGUCUUCCCUAGCGCCGGCUCCCUCCGCGCCCACAGCCCCACCUGUCACCUCUCUCGUGCUCCGGUUCCCUCGAUGCCUAUGCCAAGAACGCCCGUCGGCGGUGCGGUGGCGCUGGGGUGCAAAAUGGUGGGCGCCGGCAACGACGGGACGCUGGACGUGUGCGCGCGCGUCUGCGUCAUCGACGAGCACGAGGCCAUCGUCUACGAGAAGUUCGUGAGGCCGCUCCUCCCGGUGACGCACUACCGGUACGAGACCACGGGGAUCCGCCCCGAGCACCUUCGGGACGCGCUGGCGGUGAAGAUGGUCCAGCGGCAGGUGGAGGACAUCCUCCUCAACGGCGAGCAGCCAUGGAAGGUCCGGUCCUCCCGCGGCGCGGCCAGGCUCCUCGUCGGGCACGGCCUGGAGCACGAUCUCGACGCGCUGGGCAUGGACUAUCCGGCGUACCUGAAGCGGGACACGGCGGUAUACCCGCCGCUGAUGAAGACGAGCGCCAGGCUGAUGAGCAACUCGCUCCGGUUCCUCACUCAGAGCUGCCUCGGCUAUGACAUCCAGACGGGCCACCAGCAUCCCUACGAGGACUGCGUGGCGGCCAUGCGGCUGUACAAGAAGAUGCGCGCGAUGAGGCACGGCCGGCCCAACAACGUCGGAGACGGCGAUGGGUGCGCCGCGAAGCCAUUCCCGACGUGGAGGCAGCGGGAGCUGGAGCGCAUGUCGCCGGAGGAGCUCCUCAGCAUGUCCAAGCCCGACUACCACUGCUGGUGCCUCGACAACUAGCUAGCCACGGCUUGCCUACAGAAUUCGAUUCUUCGCUCUUUAC